UUAUUUGCAGUAACUCACUCUGGAAAUGACUGUUUUUCAACGAAAUAACAAGGACGAGGAAGAGAAAAUUGGCCCAGAUGAAAUAAUCGAUGAAAUCGGAGGAUGUGGGCGGUUCCAAAUUCGGAUGAGUAUCAUUGCUCAUAUGAUGAAAACCAUUGUCUGCUUUAGUUUUGCUGGAAUGGUUAUUUUUACCGCUCCACCUGAUUGGUGGUGUGAAAGUGACGCCCUGCUGCACAAUAUGACGUCAUGUAGUAGAUUUGAAAAUCGGACAUCUGUGAACUACUGUCAGAAGCAUUCAUGCUACACGGCUAAUGGUUCACAAUGUACGUCAUAUGGCUUUGAUGAUAGUUUAAGUACUGCUAUAAAUGAGUUCAAUCUAGUAUGUGACCAAGACUUUAUUCCAAGUACGAUCAAUUCCAUCCAACUUGCCGGAAUAAUGUUUGGAAACCUUAUAUCAGGGCAAAUUUCGGAUUUGUUUGGACGAAAACGGCCUAUGUUUAUGUCCAUUGUUAUCAUAAUGGCGGCAAAUCUUCUUGGAUUUUUCUCCACGUGUUGGGAAAUGUUUGCUGCUGCUGCCUUUUUCACUGGAGUUGGAGGAGGUUUUUUCCUGACUACCCAUUAUUGUCUUUUGUCGGAAUUUUCACCAGCAAAAUGGCGUGUAUGGAUUACUGGCUUUCCCUCUUGGCCGGUGCAGGGGUGUUUCUUAUCACUUGUAUCUUGGCUUUUACACGACUGGAGAUAUAUUCAAUUAGUAACAGCAAUUAUGGCCUUGCCAUUUCUGCUUUCUUGGUUUGUCAUUCCGGAAAGUUUCCGAUGGUAUUUAGCACAUGACAAACCGGAAAGAGCCGGAAAUAUUCUCCGAUCUGUAGCGAAGUACAAUAAACAUAAUGAUGUCAACUUCAAUAAGGCUUUAAAGAAACCGGAAGAUACACACGACCGGCGAUAUACUGUUUUAGAUUUGUUCAAAACGAAAUAUUUGAUCAGGAUAUCAUUGCUUUCAUCUUUGAGUUGGUUUGCUCUUGGAUUUUGUUCUUUUGGUCUGGCUUUUGGGAUCCAGUCACUGUCAGGAAACAUUCAUUUUAAUCUGUUCUUGUUUAGUUUAACCGGAAUCCCUUCAAAAGUGAUAGCACUUUGGCUACAGAAUAGGUUUGGUCGUCGAGCUUCGUGCAUGUUGUGCUUUGUUAUCGUUAUGAUUGGAGGGUUUACUGUUGGUAUUGUACAAACCACUGACGCUCCUCAUAAAGAUGCUCUCACAAAUGCAUUUGCAUUGUUUGCAAACACUGGUAUUGUGACGGCAUGGGGACCAAUUCAAACAAUGACUAUAGAGUUGUAUCCAACGGUUAUUCGAAAUGUUGGGUUUGGCACACUAAGUGUGACCGGAAGAAUUGGGGGAAUAAUUGCCAUGCAGAUCGUCUAUUUGAACAUGCAUGUGCCAGGGUUACUAUUUUACGUUUGCGCUUCGAUAUCUGUCGCAACAUUGGUCAGUCUUAUAUUCUUACCUGAGACAAUGGACAAGAAUCUAACAGACAAAAUCAAGGAGAAUAAUAAUCUAAAUAAUAAAAUAGUUCCUGCGUAAUGGAGGACACACCUUUUUUAAUGUAGAGAAUGAACAAUUUGUUUUGUGCUAAAGUGUCUGAACAUUUGACAUCAUUGCUAAGACUAGAUUCUGCUUGAAUGUUUGUAAAUGUACGUGUUAAUUGUAAUAACGUAAUCCCAACCGUCACCCCCGUAUCAACAGCAAUAAAAAAUAACAAAUAUCUACAGGAAAAAACAAUUUAGUUAUAUGAACAGUAUAUGUUUAAAGUCUAAAACAGUGAAAGUUCACAAUACCUGUUAUACAAACAUAUUUAAAAAGGUAAAACAAGUAGUUUAAAUUUGACCCUUUACAUUGCUAUUGAGCUGUAGAAAAGAGUGAGCUUAAAAUGCAAAACCCGAAUUGCGUUAUGUUGAGAGCAUUCAGCAUAAAUAUAUAAUGUGUCUAGUUCUGAAAUAAUUAUUGCAUACAUUUAUAAGGAUAGUUUCGAGAUUUGUUUUUAGCACACAAUAAUAAUUAACCGGAUUUGCUGAACAGCGUUCUGGGGAUACUGCCUCGAUCCGGAGGGUUAACUACCAACACCGAAUUAAUUUCAGAACUCGUCAAAAAUAAUUUAAAAGCAGAUAAAUAAAAACAACAUGAUUUUUUUGGGGGUGGGGGUGGGGUGUCGAUGUAAAUUUAACAUGAUAAAUGCGAUACAUACUAGAAAACUUCAAAUAAAAAGGGUCAAAGAAACUGCCUACAAAACUUAUGUAAGGCCCCAGUUAGAAUACUGUUCCACGGUUUGGCACCCUUGGCAAAAAUAUCUAGAUUACAAAAAAGAACAUAAGACACACUUUAGAAAGAAAACCAAAAACCUUGUUAUAUGACGAUUCUUUGCAACAGAAGUGUUAACCAGUAUUUGUAAUUUUAAAUUUGUUAAUAAAAUGAAAAUAAA